UCAGGAUGUAGUUCUUUAAAACAAUGACCCGCUCACAUUAGUAAGGUUUGCAUCUGUACCGAUAGGGAUAGGGCCAAUUUGACUAUUGGUUAACUAUUGUUUUGGUUCACAAAUGUCAGAAGAGAAAUACUUCCUGAUUGACCACAUUCCUGCAUGGCACCCUGACUUUGUCAACACACCUAAUGAAAAAAAGAGACGUCACUUUUACCAGGAGUGGUGCUUCCUCUCACACAUUUACUGUGCUCUCUGAAAUGCAGACCGCUCAGAAAGAAAAAAACCAGAACACUUACAUAUAAGCUCCCACCAUCCUAAGAGCAGGUGAUCAAGGAGAAGACCAAGGAGCAGGUUUACCAUCUCCACAACAUCUCCAUCUCCAUUCAACAACCUUUGUCACACAGAUUGACUCACUAGAGGAGAAUGUGACACAUCCAGAUUCCAACCAACAUCCCGGCGGAGACUUUCAAAAAUCCAUCUGGAUAAUAUCUGGAUAUGCCAAAAAUCUGAUUUUUGCUGGCAGUUUGAACAAAAAACUUUCCUGUUUAGUCUUUUACAGUUCCAAAAAACAACAACACCUCGGCCAUCAUUGCCUUGCAACUUGUGGAGCCUGUGGAGACUUCUGAUGCUCAUUCAGGCGAGAAUCUGUAGAAACUCUUAGAUGUCUUCAGCUCAGAAACUCAAAGUGAACUGAGUAACAGACGAACCAAUCUAAAGAGAACCAGAGUGAGAACAUGACCUCCCUUCACAACGACCGCAACAUCCGGUCAAAAAUACAAGCCUUUGAAAGCCAAUCAAACACAGAGAACGAUGAAACGUCUGUGCCUUUCCCCCGUCCUCGCAAGGUUUUCACCAAACCACCUCCACUGGCACCAAAACCUUCUGUUGCCCUCCGACCCUCGUUCAAAAAGCCCAAAGAAGAGCAGGUUUCAGAGUUUGACAGUCACUUAUACGAAGAGGUCGACACGCCUCCUAUGCCAGCGCCAAAACCUCAACUUAUCAAAAAACCAUCGUUAUACUCAAGAGAUGACUCCGACUCUCAGUCUCCCUUCAGGGCGGCCCUCAUCCCUCCAUCACGACCUUCACUGCUCAGAGUAAGGAAUAUACCAUCCCAGGAUGAGGAAACAGUAUCGAAAGGACCUCAUCUACCUCUCAAACCUAGCAAAGACCUGCUGAACCCCAACAAUCACAACUCCACCGCACUUCUGUCUACCAUUGCAUCCGCAGAGAACAUGCUUAGCAAUGACUAUGUGGAUGCUCCCACAAACCACUCUCCCGCUAAACCUGAGCGCCAAAGAGGAUUCAACUACAUGGGGUCAAACAAUCUGGGAAUGAUCAAGAGACCCACAGUCAUCAGGGUCCCCAGCAAGACUGACAAAAAUUUUGAAGAGAUGGCAGAAGAUCCACCUUUAUAUGUGCAGAAGCCUGUGGGCGGCCCACCCACACCUGCUAAACCCUCUCUCAAAGACUCCUUCAGGAUCUCAUCUGAUUUGUCUCUUCCACCACGACCGAGUGGAGGAAAGGUUCUCCCUGCUCGACCGCCACCAGCUAAACCCGGCCCGGGACGACCUCCUCCUCCACGGAAAAACGGCUCCGUACGUCGGCCCUCAGAUUCAGGGUUUUCACAAACAGUGCCUUCAAAACAACAGCAACCUCAAUGGCAGCAACAAAACCACAGAGCUUCGAAAAAAGGACCUGCCUUACCGCCGAGACCCAACCCUGGACAUCGUCUUUACAACAGAUACACCCUUGAGAUCCCUCACGGCGUUGCUGAGUUUGACUACAAUGGCACUAACACUGGAGAGCUCUCCUUUCAGAAAAAUGAAGUCCUCGUCUUGCUUGAGGAAUUAGACCGCAAAACUUUUGAAUGCCAAGUGGGGAACGCUAAAGGGAGAGUGCAGAAAACACACAUGAAGAUUAUCACCCCCUUAACAAAUGUCCCCAGCAAUUCAGCACCUCAGAAAAACCGUUCUUUUAGUGGCAUGGUGGAAAACACUGGAUCUCUGCGAGUGCAAGCCCUGUAUGACUUCACUCCAGAGAAGCCUGGAGAGCUGGCGUUAAAUGCCGGUGAUGUGGUGUCUAAUGUAGAACAGCUGGACAGAGAGUGGUACAUGGGAACAUGCAGAAACAUCACUGGGAUCUUCCCCAUUAACUACGUGAAGACUCUGAACAAGCCUGGUACAUCCACACCAGCAUCCAGCAAUGAAUGGCAAACCAAACCAUCUCCUGAGCCUGUCAGAGGCCCAAGGUGUGUCGGGAGGUUUGACUUUGAGGGAGAGCAGAGCGAUGAGCUCUCGUUCUCUGAAGGUGAUGUGAUUCGGCUUAAAGAGUAUGUGGGAGACGAGUGGGCUUGUGGGGAACUGAACGGCCAAGUUGGUAUUUUCCCUCUUAACUUUGUGGAAGUGCUUGAGGAUCUCCCUCCAGCCCCGGUGCAGAAAUCUGCUCCGAAUAAGAUUGCACUGCCUGGAAUGGCCGGUUCAUCUAAUUCUCGAAUGUCUUACAAAGCCAGUAAGGCUGAAUGUAAGAGUGAAGAGUGGGCCGUGGCGCUGUAUGACUUCACAGCAGAGACGGAGGACGAUCUGGCCUUCCAGCAGGGAGACAGGAUCCUGGUCACUGCUCACAUAGAUGAUGAAUGGUGGAGCGGACGGAUAAAUGGCAGAGAAGGCUUCUUUCCCAAAGCCUUUGUUGAGAUUGUUCCAGGAGGGAGAAAUUGGUAAGAGGCAACCUCAGAAGCAGUGUUUUUCUUCUCUCGUUUUCAUAUCCGCUUUGUUUUGUCUAAUAUAUAUUUAUUGUUAAUAUUCCAAAUCCACGGUCUGCUAAAAAUCUAUUCAUGAACUGCUAUGGGAGUUACUUCUUUUUUGUGUCUCAUAUGUGUUUACACUCUAAGGAAAUCUGUAAAAAAUAUGCCACAUUUUGCACUUUAGUGCAUUGUGUUUAAGGGUUAAUGAAUAAAAAAUAAUGGAUAAUGUCCCUGUAAAAAGCUGCCAGUAUUUAUUGUUAUAUUAAACGUCCAAUGCCAUAUUGUACCAAGGGGACAUAUUUUAGGGGUGUAAUAUUGGGUUGGGGGGGGGGGGGGGGGAUGUGGUUCCAGCCCAGUUUGAGUACAAACUGCCCUUAAAGGGGAAACGCUUACAAAACCUGCAUUUAUUAACCUCGGACACAUUAGGUUGAUAUAAUUGUGGUUUGACAUUUAUCAAGCGUUUUCAAUUAAUCGAGGCCAAAAAAAGACUCAUUUGUGAACAGACACCAUAAAACCAGUCACAAGUCUCUGGGAUAUAUUUGUAAAAAUAGCCAAAAAUACAUUGUAUGGGACAAAAUAAUAUUUUCUUAAAAAAAAAAAAAAAAAUCAUUAUAUUAGGUAAAUAUCUUGUCCAAUGAAGAUAUUUUGUAAGUUUCCUACCAUAAAUAUCAAAACGUAAUUCUUGAACAGUAAUAUGCAUUGCUAAGAACUUCCUCUGGACUAGUUUAAAGACAAUUUUCUCAAUAUUUAGAUUUUUUUUGUGCACCCUCAGAUUCCAGAUUUGCAAAUGAUUGUAUAUUGGCCAAAAACGGUCAGAUCCUAAUAAACCAUGCACCAAAUGAAAGCGGAUUCAAAAAAAUGACUGGUUUUGUGCUCCUGGGUCAAAUUUACGACAAAAACAUACUUUUGCAUAAUGGAAAUAGGCUCCUAAAAUAUUGGAAGUUGCUGGCUGCCUACUCUUCUCCCUUUUUCUUUUUACCUGUUAAACGUUACCCGCCCCCUCUGUAGGACGCCUACAUUUACUUCACUAUAUUACAAUGUAAUCUAAUCUUGACAAACUAUAUAUCGCUGGAGACUCCCAAAUAUAUUUUACUAAUGUAUUUUGUUAAAAAUUAUGUAAGAAAAGUAAUCGAUUAAUUUUUGACAAGAGUGCACCCUCAAAAAUCUACAUCAUAACAGUUAAAAAAAAAUAAUAAUGUAUCCUGUAAAACUCAUUUUAAAAUUAGCCAUUGAAUUACCAUGUAAAGGGUACAUAAAUAUCAUGUUACUAAGUAUUUUAGUUCAUGAAUUAUGAAAAUAUAAGUUUAGAUUACAAAGUCAAUGUUCAAAAACAUGAGUGACAGUGAAGAGGUUAAAUACAUAUUUAAAAAAAAAAAAAAA